AACGAUAAUAUGCUGAUAGUAUUAUUUUAAUAUUUCAAAAGUAACCAUAAUUUCUCUACUACAGGUGCCUAUGCAGCAUGGAUUACGAAUAUGACGGGGUUUUAAAAGAGCUGUAUUGCGAACUUUGUGCAGAACACAUACCAGAUGUACAUUUAGCUUACGACCACAAAUGUUUUGAGAUUUUUCAAAUAGACAGUUUGACUAUCGUUGGAAAUGUCAUUAUGGAAAAGAAUAUAUUAAGUGACGAAAUGGCUUAUGUAGAUGAUAUUUCAGUAGAAUAUUUGGAUGAAUUUGAGAGGCCAGCAACCAGUAAUUUGUCUACAAAAAUCAGUGCUUUGGCUCGAAAAGAUGAAACAAUCCAGCUCGCGAAAAUUUCAAACAGUAAAAUAUCCAAUUCGGGAAAAAAGGGAGCCACAAUAAAAGAAAUGAUUACUAUUUCGCCGAUGAGUAGGCUUCAUGCUCAAACUAGGAAAGUUAUUGAAUUCUGCAAUAAAGAUUAUGCAGAAAUGUCUGUUGCUAGUUCGACGGAAUUCUCUCAAGCAGGAUCAUCCAUUCAUGCGGAUGCAAUAAAUGAUCAGGACGAUAUUGACCUGGACGAAAAUGGGGUUGCAUAUGCCAGUGCAAAAAAUCUCAUAAAACUAAUUGAAUUAGACAGAGAGAGAAGCCAUGUCUUUGGAACUUUACUUUGCCCUUACGACAAAGAAAUCAGUAUUCAGUAAACCUGGCAUGGACAGAUAUUGCUGCUAAAUUUCAAGUUAAAUAUUGCGAUUAUACCUAAAUUGGCUGGAAUCCACGAGUAGCACGAAAAGAAUUUUUAAAUUUUAGGAGUGCAUUUCUUCGACGAAAUAUGAUGCAAGGGAGUGGAUCAGCGGAUAGAAGAAAGAAACCCUGGGUCUUCGAACCCUACUUUUCAUUUAUUAAGGUCAUAUUGGAUCCAGGAAUUACGAUUUCCAAUAUUUCGCCUCCAAAGCCGAAGAAACCGGCUGCUGAAAACGUAAAAAUAAGAAACGAAGAAAUUGAAUAUGAGGAUUUUCAGCUUCGUGAUUUAGGCUUAAAAAUCAAUAGUUUACACGAAUCACCAGUUCCAA